GAAACCCACUGCAAUUCAUCUCAUCUCGUGCCCCUAAAAACUUCGACAUCGUCUCGUCUCUCAGUUGUCCUCUCUCUACAGCUCAAACCGAAAGAGCUCAUCUCGCCAACUCUCCUUCCAUUUUGCAGUCGGAGAAGGAAGAGGAAGCGGAAGAAGAAGAAGACGAUGAAGCCUCGGGUCGCAUCUCGAGCUUCAACAGCUCUCUUGUUUGCCCUCCUGCUGAUCUCCUCCGCACAAUCAUUCUACCUCCCCGGUGUAGCUCCUCGCGAUUUCUCCAGGGGUGAUCCCCUUCCCGUCAAGGUGAACAAAUUGUCAUCUACCAAGACACAGCUUCCAUAUGACUACUACUACCUUAAGUACUGUAAGCCUCCCAAGAUUGUCAACAGUGCCGAGAACUUGGGUGAGGUUCUAAGGGGUGAUCGGAUAGAGAAUUCUGUUUUCACGUUCCAAAUGUUGGAGGAGGAACCUUGCAAAGUGGCCUGUCGAAAAAUUCUCGAUGCUGAGUCUGCAAAGAAUUUUAAGGAAAAAAUUGAUGACGAAUACCGUGUAAACAUGAUCCUCGAUAACCUUCCAGUGGCUGUUCUGAGGCAAAGGAGGGAUGGUAACCCAUCUACAACCUAUGAACAUGGUUUCCGUGUUGGGUUUAAAGGAAACUAUCAGGGAAGCAAAGAGGAGAAGUAUUUUAUCAAUAACCAUCUGAGCUUCAGAGUCAAGUAUCACAAGGAUCCAGAGAGUGAUACUGCAAGAAUUGUUGGAUUUGAAGUCACUCCUAACAGUAUCAAACAUGAAUAUAAAGAAUGGGACGAGAAGAAUCCUCAAGUGACAACAUGCAAUGCAAAUACCAAAAACUUAGCUCAAGGUAGCACAGUUCCACAAGAGGUGGAUACCAAGAAGGAGGUUGUGUUUACAUAUGAUGUGACUUUUAAGGAGAGUGAUAUCAAAUGGGCAUCUCGUUGGGACACUUACCUCUUAAUGAAUGAUGAUCAGAUUCACUGGUUCUCCAUUAUAAACUCUUUGAUGAUUGUCCUUUUCCUUUCUGGAAUGGUGGCAAUGAUCAUGAUGAGGACUCUGUACAGAGACAUUGCAAACUAUAAUCAGUUGGAGACCCAAGAUGAGGCUCAGGAAGAAACAGGAUGGAAACUUGUCCACGGGGAUGUUUUCAGGCCACCUAUCAAUUCUGGCUUACUUUGUGUGUAUGUCGGGACAGGAGUUCAGAUCUUUGGGAUGACUCUUGUGACAAUGAUCUUUGCUUUGCUGGGUUUCUUGUCUCCUUCUAACCGAGGAGGACUUAUGACCGCAAUGGUUCUCUUAUGGGUUUUCAUGGGCUUGUUAGCCGGUUAUUCUUCAGCACGUCUGCACAAGAUGUUCAAGGGAACUGAAUGGAAGACAACGACCUUGAAGACUGCAGUUAUGUUCCCUGGCAUCCUCUUUGCUAUCUUCUUUGUGCUGAAUGCCUUGAUCUGGGGGGAGCAAUCUUCAGGAGCAGUGCCGUUCGGGACAAUGUUUGCCCUUGUCUGCUUAUGGUUUUGUAUAUCAGUUCCGUUGGUAUUUGUGGGCAGUUAUUUAGGUUUCAAAAAGCCCGCCAUGGAAGAUCCAGUGAAGACAAACAAAAUCCCGAGGCAAAUUCCCGAGCAGGCAUGGUACAUGAAGCCACUCUUCUCCAUUCUCAUCGGAGGAAUCCUUCCUUUUGGGGCGGUGUUCAUUGAGCUUUUCUUCAUCUUGACCUCAAUCUGGCUGAAUCAGUUCUACUACAUCUUUGGCUUCCUGUUCAUAGUCUUCGUUAUCCUCUUGAUAACUUGUGCUGAGAUCACCAUCGUGCUCUGCUACUUCCAGCUCUGCAGCGAAGACUACCACUGGUGGUGGAGAUCGUACUUGACCGCUGGCUCCUCCGCCCUCUACCUCUUCCUCUACUCAGUGUUCUACUUCUUCACUAAGCUGGAAAUCACCAAGCUGGUCUCAGGAAUUCUCUACUUUGGGUACAUGAUGAUCGUUUCAUAUGCAUUCUUCGUGUUGACCGGGACAAUCGGCUUCUAUGCAUGUUUCUGGUUCGUGAGGAAGAUCUAUUCCUCUGUGAAAAUUGACUGAUCUGAAGUUGGGAUAGAGCUAAGGAUCAAGUGAACUCAAGAAAUUGAAACCCAGACAGAAGCAAAAUGGGCUUUUACAAGAGCAGGAUAGUGCCUAUGUGGAAGUUUUACUUCCAAUCUCCAUUUUAACUCUCCAUUUUGUCAAUAGGUAGUGUAGUAGGGUCUUGGUUUUCGUUAUAUCCUAUUUACUUCUUGAUAUGAUAUUGGACUGAACUUUUAGGUAUGUUUUAUUUGUGCUUGAUUUGGCCAAGUCUAUGUCAGCGCAGUAUAGGUCCUGCAUCUUAUGGCCCCGUAACCGCGGUUUUUGGCCCUCAUACAGAGAUACAUUUUACAAUAAACGCACACACUUUCACGCC